ACCACUGCCGCUUAAGCGGCAGCUACAGUUCCGACUACCUGGUAGCCGGCGGAGGGAGCCCCAUCUGCGAUCUCUCGGCCAGGGAAGAGCAGGCUGUGGUGGCUUAUAGCACAGCCAAAGAUGCCAGACAACAAGGAUGCUGAUGUGUGGACGGUCGAGGACGAAAUCAGCAAGUAUGAGGAGCCGACUUCGAAAUCCUCCCGUGUUACGAAUGAAGAUGAAACAUCAGAAAAGAAAACGGAACCUCCAAGCAAUAAACCACGAUCUUGUUUAAGUAGAUUAUAUGACGCCGUGCCGUCGCGGCUGAUCGUCGCCAUCCAGUGCUUCGCGGCGAGCUGGUGCAGCUACAUGCUGCGCAUCAACCUCAGCCUGGUGCUGCUCGCCAUGGUCUAUCCCUCCAGGACCGAGGACGCCGAGGAGGUCCUAGUGCCUCUCUCUGAGGACAAUGUGACCACGUCUUACCUGGAACCCCCUCUGCCAGACUACGGCCCGCGCUACAAGUGGUCGCAGUCGGUGCAGGGCCACCUGCUGUCGGCCUACUUCUACGGCUCGGUGGCGUCGCACAUCCCUGGGGGGAUGCUGGCCGAGGUGGUGGGCGCGCGCCUCGUCGUGGGCGUCACGACGCUGGCCGGCGCUGUGCUGACCCUGCUCUGCCCGCUCGCGGCCGACGCCGGCGUCGGGUGGCUCAUCGCCGCCAGGGUGCUCAUCGGCAUCUGCGGGGGACCGUUGUACCCGUCUCUGCAUGCUCUGGUGGCGCAGUGGGGGCCGCCAGAGGAGAAGGCCAAGUUCGUCUGGAGUCUGCUUGGAGGGACCUUCGGCACGGUGGUGACGUGGCCCAUCUGCUCGGCCAUUAUCGAGGCCCUGGGGUGGAAGGCGAGCUUCUACAUCCUCGGCGGCGUCGCGGGCGUCUGGAGCAUCCUGUGGUUCGUGACGGUGUACGACUCUCCCUCCAGACACCCGCGCAUCGCACCCCACGAGCUCAACUACAUCACCACCAGUAUCGCAGGCACCGUCUCCCAGGAGAAGAGGGUGCUGCCGUUCUGGUCGGUGAUAACUUCCUGCCCGUUCCUGGCGCUGGUGGGACUGCACUUCGGCAGUCUGGGAGGACUCUUCUUUCUGAUGACUGAAGGCCCCAAGUAUAUGUCUGAGGCUCUCGGCUUCGACAUCCAACAAUCGGGAGGUUUCGCAAGUCUGCCGUACCUGAUGAGGCUUCUGUUUGGAGUCGUCUUUAGCUCUGUGGGCGACUGGAUCCUUUCAAAACCAAACAGAAACAAGAUCGUGGUCCGAAAGCUGUUCGUCAUUCCAUCACACAUCCUGCCGGCCGUGCUGAUGGCUUCUAUGGGCUACAUCGGGGGGAACGAGGCGCUCGCCGUGGCCAUCCUGAGUCUCUCACUGGGCUGCAACGGGGCAGCGACCGUCAGCAACCUCUCCAACCACCACGACCUCGCUCCCAACUACGCAGGAUCUCUGUAUGGUAUAAUGAACGCAAUCGGCACCUGCACUGGUUUCAUCUUCCCGGCCGUCGUCGGGUACAUCUUAGAAGGAGGUAAUACCUUAGAGCAGUGGCGAAUCAUCUUCUUCAUCGGGUCUGGACUAUAUCUCGUCAGCGGUCUCGUGUUUAUCUUCUUUGGCUCUGCUGAGACACAGCCUUGGAACUUCAAGAAAAAGGAGGAAGCGACUCCUUCUUGAUAUGUGCGCCAAACAUUGCACAUCCCCCGUUGCAUGCAAAGCCAGUACAAACAUGCUAUUCCGGCAAUAAAGUUCUCAGAUCACA